UUUAACAGAAUAAGCCAGAGGUGCUUUUCCUAUAAAGUGUUUGGCUUCUUUGUUAGAAAUUAUAACUUUCUUGUUUGAGUUCUUUUGCAAUUCAGGAAGAAAUCAAGGCAGAAAAAUCUGAUUAUCAGUGGAGCCUGCUGCAAAACUACAAACAAUGAGCACAAAACAUAAAUCACUUAUCUCAUCUGGACCAUGGGGUGGUCCUGGUGGUGCCCCAUGGGAUGAUAAGGCUUAUUCAGGGGUUAAGCAGAUAGUUAUAGUCUCUGGAGCUUGCAUAGAUUCUGUAAGGUUUGAAUAUAGCAAGAAGGGACGUUCAGUUUGGUCAGAGAAGCAUGGUGGAAAUGGAGGAGACAGCACUUAUCAGGUGGUACUUGACUAUCCCAAUGAGUAUCUGACAGCAAUUAGUGGGCACCAUGGUAGUAUAUCUCAUGGAUCCCCAUCUGUGAUAAGAUCACUUACAUUUCAGACAAAUCGUAAGAAAUAUGGGCCAUAUGGGGUGUCUCAAGGUACUUAUUUUUCUUUUCCAACGAAUGGUGCCAAAGUGAAGGGUUUCCAUGGUAAAAGUGGCUGGUACUUGGACUCCAUUGGAGUUCACUGUGCUCCUGCUUCCCAAAAUACAAUUUGGUCAACCAUUAAAGGCUCUGCCAAGAGCAUCUUAAAAGCUUAAAACAGCUACUCCCAAGGCUUCCUAAGCCAUUCCUCUUUCAUAAAUAUCCAUUUCUAAUAUUUGAACUAUGUACUGUGAUACUUUUCCUGUUAUCUGGUGAUAAAUUUAAGUAUGUUUAGUGAUCAA